AUGGUCCUCCACAACCCUAACAACUGGCAUUGGGUCAACAAGGACGUCUCAGUGUGGACGCGCGAGUAUCUUGACAAGGAUCUUGCGCAAAUAUCUGCCGAGAAAAAUGGUGUCACAGCAAAGAUUGACAAGGUGGUGAGCAUGGACGGAGACGUCGAUGUGAGCCAACGCAAGGGCAAGGUGAUCACCAUCUUCGACGUGAAGCUGAAGUUGGAAUACUCAGGCAAGAACAAGGAGGGUGAGGAGACUAGCGGCACUAUUACCAUUCCAGAGGUCGCUCACGACACCGAGGAAGACGAGUAUGUCUUUGAGGUAGAUGUUUACUCUGAAGACAGCAGCAAACAGCCCGUAAAAGAGCUAGUACGCUCUGACAUCCUGCCGCAAUUGCGAAAAUCCUUCGCAAAGCUCGCACCAGCGAUCAUGGCUGAGCAUGCAAAGGAUAUCCAGCAUGCGCCAGGCACCAACCCUAGCACCAACUUCACGGCUGCCAAGGUUUACUCGAGUUCGAGCGUGAACAAGUCGAGCAGCUCCAAGCCUGAAGCAACAUCUUCCCAAAAGAGUAGCUCUGGUGCAGUUGUCAACGUGACGACAAUUACAGACAGCGCAGAGUUCCGAACAGACGCAGCCAAUCUGUACCAGACUUUCACAGACCCUCAGCGUCUGGCCGCAUUCACACGCGCACCGCCCAAGAACUUCACAGGUGCCAAGCCUGGCGGCAAGUUUGAGCUAUUUGGCGGUAACGUCAGUGGAGAGUUUACCGAGCUUGAGGAGCCGACGCAUAUUGUCCAGAAAUGGCGACUUGCACAAUGGCCCGAGGGACACUACUCGACGCUUUCGAUAUGGUUUGAUCAGAACGACAUUGAUGCAGUGACUGUGAUGAGAGUAGAAUGGGCCGGCGUACCGGUUGGUCAGGAGGAGCCCACUAAGACCAACUGGGAGCAGUAUUAUGUGCGAAGUAUCAAGACGACGUUUGGCUUUGGCACGGUAUUGUAA